UUACCAUUCCAUCACAACCCAACAACCAUUCCAACCAACAACACCAAGACUCACAGUUGAACCCAAGCAACAAUGAACCACCUUCUUCGUCAACACCUCAACCUUCUCUCUCUCCUCACCACCACUAUCUCUCACUCUCUAUCUCACUUUCUCUCUCUACAAUGCCAGAGCCACAUUCCACCUCCGCCAUUCCUCCUUCCGCGCCCAACGCUGAACCUUCUCACUCAGACGAAAAUGUCGAAGCUUCGAAUAAUCCCCCACGUGAGACUCGCCGUGUGAGAAUCACCUAUGGCAGAACCAAUUUCAGAAUGGGCGAUGACUCCGCUCUUGUUAGAGAUGAGAAGUGGUCCUGCUUGGUUGUCAUCUUCAGCUUUUGGUUCUUCGUUGCAGUGACAAUGAUAAUGGGAGUGUACGGAUCGAUGACCAUGGUUCUAGGUCCGUGUUCUUCAAUUGUUUUGCAACCUAACCCUGUCUUUGUGCAAUAUGUGAAGGUAGAAAACAUAGAGGCGAAUCCAGGACUCGUUCUUUAUGGUACAUAUGAUUAUCCACCGCUUGAUGUUGUUUCCAUUUGGAGAGAAACUUGGAAUAUAUCUCUUCCUUAUGGCGCAGAUAAGGAAUGGAAAUAUUAUCUGAAUAGAGGGUCUCAAGUGAAUAUUUCGUAUAGCGUGAGCUCUGAGAAUUCCUCUAUUUAUCUUGUAAUUGCAGAAGGAGCUGAAAGUCUCUCAUUGUGGCUGGAGGACCCAACAUAUCCCAAUACAACUCUGUCUUGGAACGUGAUCCAUGGAACUGGUAUGAUUACACAAGAAAUAUUCAGGUCAUCGUACUAUUACGUGGCCUUGGGCAAUUUAGAAGAUGAAGUGGAGGUUGAAUUAAACCUCACCGUAAGGGCCUUUUUGCAUAAUACAACAAAUGCUUUCUACAAAUGCGCCCCGACUAGUAGUCCAUGCAGUUUAAAUAUUUUCUUUCCAGAUGGAAACGCAGCCGUCUUAGUCUCUCCUGCUCCACAGCAGAACACAUCUAGUGAUGAGUGGUAUGUCAAACUGACCUAUGGACCAAGAUGGCUGACAUAUACUUUUGGCAUAGGUGUACUGACUGUAAUCAUGUUUUGGGCCUUCAACUUCUUAAACAAACUUCAGGGUGCCAAUGAUGAUAGAGUAGGAUCCAGAUCUGAAGGAACAGGACCUGAUCGAGCCCCUUUGCUUUCUCGCAAAGAUGAUGAUCUUUCAAGCUGGGGUUCAUCAUAUGAUUCCUUACCGCAGGAUGACGAGGAUCUUAACUUUCUCACUGGAGGUUCCGCAGACGGGAAGUUUUUGGCUGACGGUGAGACCAGUAAUAAUAAUACUCGGCGUCUUUGUGCAAUUUGUUUUGAUGCUCCACGGGAUUGCUUCUUCCUUCCAUGCGGGCACUGCGUGGCUUGUUUUGCAUGUGGAACUAGGAUAGCUGAGGCAGCUGGUACAUGUCCUGUUUGUCGAAGGAACAUGAAGAAGGUGAGGAAAAUUUUUACUGUGUGAUCAGCACACAGAGCCACGGGCUAAUUGAAUAGCCACCAGAGCCAAUAGUUACAAUGAUCAAGGUAGUGCUCUCAAAUUGCAUUAUAACAAAAUUUGAGGGGGGAAAAUGGGCAGGUAUACUUUCAAAUUGGAUGACUACUCUGAGAUGCAAUGUAAUUGGUGUAUGAAUGAAUAUCUGAAUAUGCAUAGUUCAUUCAGUAAUUGUAUUGCUAAUACUUAACUUCAACUUGGUUUUAAAUAAAUUAAAAAUGUCAAAAGCAUUGGUGUAA